GACCUGCUCCGGCCAGCAGCCGGGCCAGAUCGCAUUGCCACAGCUUCGCCCGCCUAGACGACAUGGCCCAAGAUUGUCCCUCGCGCGCGCUGGAGCCUGAGCACGUCCAGCGCCUGCUGCUGUCUUCCCAGGAGGCCAAGAAGUCCGCUUACUGCCCCUACAGCCAUUUCCCGGUGGGAGCCGCCCUGCUCACCGGGAACGGGCUGAUCUUCUCUGGGUGCAAUGUAGAAAAUGCCUGCUACCCACUGGGCACUUGUGCUGAACGGACUGCAAUCCAGAAGGCCAUCUCCGAAGGCCACAAGGACUUCAGGGCUAUUGCUAUCUCCAGUGACUUGCAAGAUGACUUCAUCUCACCAUGUGGGGCCUGCAGGCAAGUGAUGAGGGAGUUUGGCACCGACUGGGCUGUGUACAUGACCAAGGCAGAUGGCACUUAUGUGGUCAGAACACUCCAGGAGCUGCUGCCUGCGUCCUUCGGGCCCGAGGACCUGCAGAAGAUCUAGCGAAGGCUGGAGAACGCCCACUGCCAGAAGGGCUUAGGUUCCCACAGGUGCUUAAGGGACUGACACAGGAAACCUUUGGAAAGAUGCCAGCUUCGGGACACCUGCCAAACAGGUCCCAGCCUUCCUGGUGCUGGGCAGAGAUGAUUUUUCCUUAUAAAGCCAAGUCUGGCCUGCUUCCCCAGCAGCUGCCCGGGAUUCUGCCCUGUGCUGGAUGACUUUGCUGAUUAUAAACAUCACAGAACAUCCUGAUUCAGAAGAAAGCAUUUUGUUCUUUGUCUCUGUUGUUAUGGGGUGAUUCAUCUUUUGAGAGACACUUGGAUGCCCUCUGUUGGGGGAGGAAAUGGGCACCUUGGAACCCUGCACAUUUGGUGUGGAAACUGAGUCCUGUAGUUUCCUGUCCCUGUGAUCCUGGGUAAGAGACCCCUAGGCUGGGCCUACUGCCAAUAUCCAUAUGAUGUAGUCGAAUCUGGAAUGUUCCCCAAGACCACAUUACAAGCUUGGCCCCCAGGACAGGGCACCAUUCGGAGGUCCUCAGACCACUGGGGCUGUGCCCUUGAUGGAGCCUGUGGGUCCCACUGGCUUCCUCUCUUGUCCUUCCUGGCCUUGAGGUGAGUGGGUUUUGCUGCCCACUGUGACGGGCACCUCACCACAAGCCCAAAACAGCACGGCCAAUGAAUGGAUCACGGACCAAAACCUGCAAAACUGGGGCCACAAUAAACCUUUUCUGCUUGACA